AUGAGUGAGCAAAGCUCAUUACAUUCUAGCAGAAGCGAGGUGCCAGGCACACUCGAAUUAGCAGUUACAGACUACACCGAUGAAUUCAGACCCAGAAAGGAAUCACUUGGGCUUGUACAGCUUUUCCACCCGGAUACCAAAGAACGUAUGCUCGUACCUGAACCCUCUGUUCACCCAGAUGACCCACUUACUUGGUCCAGAGCCCAUAAAUACUAUAUCACCAUAUUGGUGUCAUUUACUAUGCUUUUAGCUAAUCUUCUUUCUGGUGGUCCUUCUAUAGCAAUUGUUAUGAUGGCAGAGACAUUUGGUGAGCAGGCAGAUGGUCCCAAUUAUAACAUUCAGGAUUGGAUCUCUAAGACUGCCUACUGUUUUACAACUACUGCAUUGUUACAAGGUACAUCAAACUUCUUUUGGGUUCCAUUAAUGACCAAGUAUGGAAAAAGGCCCAUUUAUGUCAGUAUUGCGGUGGGAUAUUUUGCGUUUGCUCUCGGAUGUGGGUUUGUGAAUACAUGGGAAUCCUAUUUAGCUUGCAGAAUAAUGCUAGGCUUUUUUUCAGGUGGAAAUGAGGUCCUAGGCCCUUUGACGAUCUCAGAUGUAUUCUUCAUUCACGAACGUGGUACCCAAAUGGCCAUAUAUACAUGUGCUUUGUCAGCAGGGAUUGCAAUCGGGAUGAUAAUUUCUGGACUUAUAGUUAUCUCUCAUAGUUGGAGAUAUAUAUACUAUGUCGGUGCAGCUUUAAUUGGCUUUUGCGGAAUCUUAAUUUUUUUCACCUUGCCUGAAACAACAUUUAUUCGUGACCCUAAGUUUUUGGUUUCUGAAGUCGAAAAGAUGAAAAAGCAGCAUGGUCUGCAAGCGAGUAAAUCGUCAGUAAGCUACGUGGAAGAAAAAGGAAGCGUGGAAUCUGAAAUUGACUUUGUUGUACCAAAAAAGACCUCCUAUUGGUCUUCUCUUAAUAUCUAUAGUGGAAAGAUAUAUACCGAUGAAUCCUUGUGGAAGAUUUUUAUUCGUCCAAUCGGUCUAAUUUUCCUUCCACCUGUUCUUUGGGCCUCAUUAAUCAUGUCAGCUACAAUUGGAUUUUUAGUUGCCGUGACAUCUAAUGUUGCUAAUGCUUUCGAGACAGCAUAUAACUUCCAGCCUUGGCAAGGGGGUUUAUGUUUUAUCGGGGCAUUGAUUGGCUCUCUUUUGGGUAUCUUCGCCGGUGGUACUAUUAAUGAUUGGUGCUCGGACUUUAUGACGAAGAGAAAUAAAGGUGUUAAGGUACCAGAGAUGAGACUACCUACAAUAAUCAUAGGCGGUGUAUUAGCACCCGUGGCUCUUGUUCUUUAUGGUGUAGGUAUUGGAGAACAUUAUCAUUGGAUGAUGCCUACAAUUGGAUUAAGUCUUCUUAAUUUUGCGUUGACUCAAGCUACAAACGUUUCAUUGGUGUACACAAUUGACUGUUAUAGACCCAUAGUGGGGGAAAUUACCGUUACUCAAUUGGCAUUCAAGUCCUUGUUUGGGUUUUUAUUGAGUUUCUACACUAAUCCAUGGGUAAAUAAUUAUGGUUAUUCCAAAGCGUACGGCGAAAUGGCAGCCAUAUCUGGAAUUUUAUUCUUGCUUACAAUUCCACUCUACUUUUGGGGUAAGAGAAUAAGAGAAUGGACUCACGAAUGGAAGCUUUUGAGCUUUGUUCAUUGGGAUAUUGAUCGUGAAGUUGGUGAGUAG